AUGGCCAAGAAGAAAUCGAAGCAGGAGGAGCCUGUGGCUGCAAAACCGGAACCGGCCGCUUCUGGCAAGCGGGCGCCACUGGAUGCGGCCACCAGAAAGGCCGGACGCACCUCUGUUGCGCAGUCUGCGAGCUGGACAGGCAAGCUUCCUGGAUCGCUUCUCCACGAGCACUGUCAGAAGCAGAAGUGGCAGAAGGUGGAGUACGACAUGAAGAAGACCAAGGAUGGGUUUAUCGGAAUUGCCAGACUUGGCUGGAAGAACCCAAAGACACAGGAAGUGAUUGAAGUUCGCAUGCAUCCGAGUCCGUUGAUCAAGCCUCAGGAAACAGCGUUGGAGGCCCGGCAUUAUGCAGCAACGUACGCUCUUCAUCGCAUAGCUUCGGACAAAAACUUGCACAUGGUGCUUCCCACGAACCACAAGCAGCUGUGGUCGGAUCUGGAGGCAGAGAGAAAGGCAUUGGUCAAGAGUAAUCCUGGCAAAGCCAAGGAAGAGUACUGUUCUGAUCCGUUUAAUGUUGUGCUAGAGAGACGUAAGCAACAGGAAAAGAAACAGAAGGAGGAGCAAGCGAAGAAGGAUGCCGAGCUGCGGACGAAAAAACCAAUGAUUUCCAUUGGAGUUAAACGGCCAAAGCCCAAGGAAGUUCGGUCCGAGGUGGUUGUUAAGGACCAGGUCAAGUUUCCUCGAAAAGUCUGGGAUAGCACUGUGUUUAUUGAUCUGAAACCAGAAACGCGUGUUUUGAUCGAGAACUCUAUUCGACACCAUGUUGAGUGGUCCGAGCAGAAAAUCGAGGCAGCGGAUGUGGACAGAGAUAUCCAGUCGCUGAUUAGUCUUGGCUUUAGAAAGCCGCAUGUUGAGGAAGCGUUCAAAUACACCGGAACGUUCACGGAUGCUCUGGAAUGGCUGAUUUUCCACGUUCCCGAGGACGAUUUGCCGCCGUUGUUUGCGAAGAACAGCAAGGACUCGAACGUGGAACUUACUAUCAGCAAGGACUUCAAGAAAGAGAACAUGGUCAAACGACUUAGAGAAGGUGGAUUUAGUUCGAACGAGGUGGAGACGGCCAUCUCUAUUUGUGGCUACGACGAAGUCCAGCUCGGUGUCUACUUGACGUCAACGUUGAUCGACUUUGAUGCGCCAGAAACAGAAACAGAAGACGAGUCGGAACAGAUCUGGAACGAGGAGCUCGAAAGUCUGACUGCCAUUUACGGCGAGGACAAAGUGGCCGUCAAGCAGGACAUCGCAGAGAUCUCGCUGAACCCUGAAGGAAUCAACCAGGGACUGUUGGCGUUGAAAGUUUAUAGAAGCACCAACUACCCACAGUCGUUGCCUGGUCUCCAUCUGAUAGUCAAGGAUUCAUCUUACAAGCUGGCCAACUAUCUGAAGAUUGCAAUUGUUUCCAAGCUGCUGCUCCAUGUCGUUGAAGAUAGAUUGCUGGGGAUGCCGUUGAUAUUCAGCUGUGUUGAUUGGCUGGAGAAUAAUAUCCUGUCGAUUGUGGAGAAUCCGGGCUCGUUGGUGAAACCGUUUGUCAGAAAACAGUUCCAGUACCACGAGCAUUCUGAGAGUCAUAGGCCGGCCAAACGCGGCCGUGCGAAACAGAAACGCGACCUGGACGAGCUCGCCGGCGUGUACAAGUCGAAAGUUGCUGGUUCUGGGUUUAAGGAGAUGGUUGCAAAACGGACCAAACUGCCCGCAUGGAGCAAAAAAGACCAAUUGGUUUCGGUCAUCAACAGCAACCGAAUCUGUCUUAUCACAGGAGAAACAGGGUCUGGAAAGUCCACCCAGAUUGUCCAGUUCAUUCUGGACGAGCUCAACAAACAGAACGAUUUCAACACCAACAUUGUUUGCACUCAGCCACGAAGAAUAUCCACCAUUGGACUGGCAGAUCGGAUCUCCGACGAAAGAGUGUCCACCUGCGGCGACGAGAUCGGGUACAUCAUCCGUGGAGAGAACAAAACGUCUAAAAACACACGGAUCACGUUUGCCACUACGGGAGUUCUACUACGGAUGAUCCAGGGAGUUAUAGGGAACAGCCAGCCAAAUAACAGCUUCUUCGAGAAUCUCGGCUACAUCUUCGUGGAUGAGGUGCACGAGCGGUCUGUCGAUGGCGACUUCUUGCUAAUUGUGCUGAAGAAGGUGUUGACGCUGUAUCCAAAACUAAAAGUGGUUCUAAUGUCUGCUACCAUAGACAUCUCCAUUUUUGAAAAAUACUUCCAUUCAGGCGUGUCGCACGUCCACAUCGAGGGAAGAACGUUCCCCAUCCAGGACUUCUACCUCGAUAACGUUCUGGACUCGCUGCAAUUCACAGUGACCAUGCGCAACGGCGAGGAGAUCCAGCCAAAAGCCGACUCGAAAUAUUUCGAGCUCGGAAAUAUCAAUUACGACCUCAUUGCUGCUCUGGUGGAGAAAGUCGACCAGGACCUCACCAGACAGGGCAACAAGGGAUCCAUCCUGAUCUUUCUUCCGGGAGUGAUGGAAAUCAACAAGUGUCUGGCCAAAAUCAAAGGACCGUUCUGGGCCCUGCCGUUGCACUCUGCCCUCAGCUCCAAGGACCAGAAACGCAUCUUUAGAAACCCUCCUUCUGGCCAGCGUAAAGUGGUCGCCUCCACCAACGUCGCAGAGACCUCCAUCACCAUCCCGGACGCAGUCGUGGUCAUCGACACCGGCAGAGUCAAGAGCGUCCACUUCGAUUCCGGGUCCAACUCCAGCAAGCUCGUGGAAUCCUGGGCGUCCCAGGCAGAAUGCAAACAGAGACGAGGAAGAGCUGGUCGUAUUCAAGCCGGCUUGUGCUACAAGCUGUUCACCAAGGACACAGAGACCAAACUGAUGAGGAAACAGCCAAUCCCCGAAAUUAAACGUACCAGGCUUGAAAAUCUGUACCUGGUGGUGAAAUCAAUGGGUGUUGGCAAUGUCCACGAGUUUUUGCAGUUAGGUCUCGACCCACCAGAAAAGGAAAACAUCGAAAGCUCCAAACAGCUGCUCACAGAAAUGGGAGCACUCCACAACGACAAUCUCACCAAAUUGGGGUCGUAUCUGUCAACAUUACCAACAGACCUCAAGUCUGGUAAACUGUUGCUAUUUGGAGUCCUGUUCAAGUGUCUGGAUAGCUGUUUGACGCUGGCUGCCGUUGGAGUCACCGGUAAUCCGUUCAUGGUCAAGAUGGAGAACAGAGACGAGGUCAAACGGGUCCAGAACAAGUUUGCUAGCGGCCACGGCGACCAUAUUGCCAUUCUCAACGCGUUCAACGAGUACCAGGAAUUAAAACCAAAGGAAGCCCGUUCGUGGCUGGAAAGAAACUAUCUCUCUUACAUGACCAUGAACGAGAUCCAGUCCACAAGAGCUCAAUACAUCGCUGCGUUGCAGGACCUGGGAUUCAUUCCUUUGGACUACCACAAGUCUCCAGCUGCUUUCAAACCUUUGAACAGGAACGCUACCAAUUACCAGAUCAUCACCGCCCUGGUGUGCUCGUCCUCGUACCCGCAGAUCGCCAGAGUGCAGUAUCCCGAUCCAAAGUACAUCUCCAGCGUUUCUGGAUCCAUUUCGCUGGACCCAGACGCAAAAAACAUCAAGUUCUGGAUCAGAAACGAACAGUUCGUCAAGGGAAACCACCAGGACCAGCUUCCGGCAACCAGAGCGUUCCUGCACCCGUCAUCGACCUUGUUCCAUAUCAAGAACUCGAGCUCCAAUGUCCAGGAACCGCUCGUGGAGGACGAGAACGGAAACGUUGUGUUCACAGCUAGCGAGUCCAACAACCUGUCUUCGCACUUUGUCGCAUACGGUGCUUCCCAAACAACCACUAAACUGUACCUUAGAGACGUCACUCCAGUCUCUAUCAUUGCCGUCCUCCUGUUUGGUGGCUCCCUCACAUACGACCUUACCACAAGCUCCUCGGGUAACUCGUCUCCUGGAGUAGUGAUGGGAGGCUGGCUGCCAAUUCGAACAUGGUGCAAAAACGGUGUUCUAAUUACAAAACUCAGACACCUGCUGGAUGAGGCAUUGAACGAACGGUUCUCCACUCCUAACUAUGACCACAUGGACGAGUCCACCGACGACGUGUUGAACACCGUUCAGAAGAUCAUAGCUGUGGAAAUCAAAUGA